UGAAGGUCUCUUUGAUGACAAACGAAACGUGACAGGUUUGUAGAUAAGCGAUUUGGUGGAUUUGUUUUUGUGGUAUUGUGGAUUGACGUUUGGUUGUACGGUUGCUAGUAUUCAAUAGGGCCAUUGAUUUUCGUGAGUGACUACGCUUUAAAAAAACAUAUUUUUCAAUUAGUUAUUACUAAUUCAUGGUAAGACUUUCAUGACAAUUUAAACAAUGUCAUCUCCAAGUGCUGGAAAAAGACGUAUGGACACUGAUGUUAUAAAGCUUAUUGAAAGUAAGCAUGAGGUAACAAUUCUUGGUGGACUCAAUGAAUUUUGUGUUAAGUUUUAUGGACCUCGAGGAACACCUUAUGAAGGAGGUGUAUGGAAAGUACGGGUUCAUUUACCAGAACAUUAUCCAUUCAAAUCUCCAAGUAUAGGAUUCAUGAACCGUGUAUAUCAUCCAAACAUAGACGAGGUGUCAGGUACUGUGUGCUUGGAUGUUAUUAAUCAAGCAUGGACUGCAUUAUAUGAUUUAUCGAAUAUAUUCGAAUCUUUUCUCCCUCAAUUGUUAACUUAUCCAAACCCAAUUGAUCCUUUGAAUGGAGAUGCUGCAGCCAUGUAUCUUCAUAAACCCGAAGAUUAUAAGAGAAAGGUCUCUGAAUAUGUAAGAAAAUAUGCCACAGAAGAAGCGUUGCGAGGCCAAGAAAAUAUUAGUUCAGACAGUGAGUCAAGUAUGUCUGAUUUUUCUGAGAAUGAGGCCGAAGACAUGGAGUUAUAACGCAGGUUGUCCUCCAGUAAUAACAUUUCGCUCAAUUCAACUUUCUCCUAUAUAGGUAACAUUUUCUGUUUAGAGUUGUAUGUGAUGUGCUUAAAAUGUUAUUUACAUAAUUGUGGUUGUUUUGCUUUCUCAUAGUUUACUUUAUUGUCAAUCUGUCCCAGGGUCCAUUAAUACCUAAUGUUGAGUUGAAUUUUUCUGUAUGUUAUUUUCAUAUUUAAUGUGAAUGGAAUGGAUAUUAGCAUCGAUAAUAAAAUUUAAACAACCAUAGGAGCGUGCAUGUAUUACAAUAGAUAUCAUUAAGAAUUAAAAGAUCCUUGAAGUACA